CUUUGGUGUGAACUUAUCCCUUCCAGAAGCAGAGAAAGAUUUCCAGUUAGAUAUAGAUAUGAAUUCCUAAAAAAAUUAAGGGCGUUAAAGACUAAGUAUUCUACAAAGAUUAUAGUCACUAAUCAACUACACAAAUUUAUUAUAUUGCCAAUCUUUGUCUUGAUUACUAAAUUCCAACUAUAUACUUGGAAACCUUGUAGAUAUCUUCAGUGCAGCUAGGGUUUUUUUUGUCUCUAUUUCCCCCCACUCAUGAGCCCAUCCUCUAUUUAACCCUUUUCAUCAUUUGUAUCACAUCAUAACGCUUCUCACCUUAUUUUAAAUACUCUUAUUUGUGUAUCAUGGCUGCUGAAAUUGGGAUUCUGUCCUUGACUCAGCUCCAAAAACUGGCUCAAUCCCAAGAACAGCAUAACCAACAACAAUCGUCACCACAACCACCAUUGGAUUCUGGCUCUGCUACUGGCUAUUCGAUGUGGAACGCUAAGCAAGUAACCCCACCAACAACUCAGGAUGAUGACGAUUCAUGGGAAGUUAGAGCAUUUGAGGAAGACACAGGCAAUGCCAUGGGCACUACUUGGCCACCGAGGUCCUAUACUUGCACCUUCUGUCGGAGAGAAUUCCGGUCAGCGCAAGCCCUAGGUGGACACAUGAAUGUGCACCGCCGUGACCGUGCCAGGCUCCACCAAGCCCCACCACAAUAUGCUUCAGAUAGCAACAACAACAACCACACUUCUUCCCCCAAUGCCAAUUCUACCUUCCUAAUUCCAACUCAAGAAUUUGUUACAAAUGGUGGAGUUUGUCUUCUAUACACCUUGCCUAGCCCUAGCAGUACUCAUGUCUUCAACCCGACAUCAAGAAAAUCUUGCACUAUGAGUAACAAUUCACCGUCUACCCUUAAUCUCUCCAUCUCACCAUAUCCAACAAAUAAUUUGAUGUCUCCAACUCCAUGCCCUCCUCCUUCUCUAAAUUUUCCAAUAAACAAGCCUACUCCAAGCAUCAACACAUCAUUUAACAUAAAUGAACCUUCAACAUCUAACACAAGUAAUGAUCAUAGCAAGAGGGAUUCAGCCAUUGAAGAUGAGCUUGAUCUCGAGCUUCGGCUAGGAUGGAGAUCAUCAUCAUCAACAACAUCCUCACCAUGAACACAAGUCAUCAUGUUGUGGUUAAUUUCCUAGACUUGAUUUCCUUUUUAUGGAUUGAUUAAUUCGUUGUGUGUGAAUUGCAGUAUACUCCAAAUGAAGUUGAGAGAAAAAGCAAGAAGAAGAGAGCAACUUGUAAAUUUAAAGAAAUGAAGGGUUAAGUGUGAUAAUAAUAAAAGAAUAAAAGUAUUAAUUGAUCAAAGGAAAGCGUUAUUGGCUAGGGUUGGAGUGCGAGCUAGACUGUAAAAAAAAGCUUUGCAGUGCUGUGUCAUUUUCUAGUUGCUCAUUUCUGAGGACAGCAUAUAUUUCCGUGGGGAUUAUUAUAUCUGGCCAUGUUACGAUUCUUUAUUACUGCAUUUAUGUUAUCUCUCAUGAA